AUGAUCCUCAAGCCCCACUUCCACAAGGAUCGGCAGCAGAGAGUGGACCCUUGGUUCUACCGGCCAGGACGCGAGAUCCACAGACGCAAGACCGGGCAGGCGAAAGCUCACCGCAUCGCCCCUCGCCCCACGUCUGGUCCCAUCAGACCCAUCGUGAGGUGCCCUACAGUUAGGUACCACACCAAGGUUCCGGGCAGGGUCUUCAGCCUGGAGGAACUCAGGGAGGCUGGUGUCAACAAGAACAUGGCUCGCACCAUCUGCAUCUGUGUGGACCCAAGGAGGCGAAACAAGUCCACUGAGUCACUGCAGGCCAAGGUGCAGCGCCUGAAGGAGGGCUACCGCUCCAAGCUCAUAUGUUUCCCCAGGAAGCCUUCUGCUCCGAAGAAGGGAGACAGAUCUGCUGAAGAACUUAAAUUGGCCAUCCAGCUAACAGGACCUGCGAUGCCCAUCCGGAAUGUGUACAAAAAGAAAAAGUCAUCACAGGAGAAGAACUUUAAGGCUUUUGCCAGUCUUCGCAUGGCCCGUGCCAAUGCCCGGCUCUUUGGCAUCUGA